AUGUCAAAUGUACUUGUUUUCUGUCUAAUAAAUGUCACGCCGUUGAUGGAAACUAUAUUUCAGCGCAAAUUCUCUUCACGGAUCUGUCCUUUAUCUGAAAUGCAUCCGUGUGAUGAGAGCGAACAAAUCAGCACAUUGAAUAUUCGUAUUUUCUAUUUGUGGGUUGUCGAGUUUUGGAGUAUAUUCAUGAUUAUUUAUCUGGCUAAAACGAAACAAUGGACUUUUCUUCCGAAAUUUAAAUAUACUCGAUUACCAGCUAUUAAAAGGCUUUACAGAACUUAUGCAUACCAAUUACCAUUAAUUCACGGAAGUGUUGUUUGCUUAACGAUGUUCAUUCAUUCGUAUUGGAGGUUUCGUAUGAUUCUCGUCUCGCGGAUGAUAUCUUUUGGAUUCGAGGAAUCAUUAGAUUUUGAACUAUCGCUAUACUCUUUUUUCAUCCCUUACAAUGUGAUAGUUUUGAUCGUUUAUUUAUCGCUUCCGAUCGUGGCUGUUCGUCGUGAAUCGUAUUGGAUGACUUAUAUCUCGUAUCUGGCGAAUAUUUAUUACGGAAGUUCGAUUUUGUAUAAAUUGUUCACCUGGUGUAUAAUGGGCACAACGUUACAGGGGAUACAAGGAUCUGUUUGCUUGGUAAAGAACAAAAUAGUGUAUGAUCCGUUUUUUCAAGUGCUUUUAAUGCUAGGAAUUCUUGCUAUUUUUUUUGUAAUGCUCUUGACGUUAAACACUAUUCGUUGCCAUAGAAACUACGGGAAAAAUUUAGGAUUUUAUUUACGAUAUCGCCCAGUGUCUUCCAGUUAUGAAUUUUCAGGGGACCCACCGUUUGAUGAAAUCGAAAAGAGUAGUUCUGAAAAAUAUGUUCUAGUAUUCUCAACAAUAUUCUUUGGCACUUAUUGGGUAAAUCGGAUAAAAUUGUCAACGUUCUUGGAAUUAUAUGGGUUCGGGGUUCCACUCACAGUGCAACCUUACACUUUUAUUCCGUAUAAUUUUGCGCUGUUGCCGUUGGUUGCGCUGUUUCCGAUAAUAGCU